AUGACUUCAGUGAAGUCUCUUUUAAAGUCAGCAAGACGGUCUCUUUCAGAAAACGAUCCUGAAGAUGCCAUUGAUCUUUGUGAUGAUGUCAUUGCGCAAGAUACGAACAAUUACUAUGCAUAUCUUUUCAAAGGGAAAGCUUUGGAUUUAAUGAGUCAAAGGGAAGAAGCACUCAAGGCUUACAGAAAUGCAACUAAGAUUAAUAAUAAAGAUCCUCUGGCAUGGAAAGGCAUUGUACUUAUUGAUAUGGAAAGUACAAACUAUCGAAGAUUUUUCGCAGAUUUACUCGGUCUUGCCAGGGCUAUGGACAACGAGGACAAGAACUUGACACCAUGUGUCGAAAAAAUUAGGCAGUAUAUGAAUAAGCACUCAAACUCCGGUGCCAGCAGUCAGAUGGUAGAAUACUACUAUCGUCAGAUUAUUCCCGGCUUAUCUGAAUUAGGAAGUCUUCUAGGAGAAAUGGUGGCAGAUCCUUCUUCCACCUUGGCUAAGCUAAUCAAUCAGUUGUCCAAAAAUGAGGUUGCUGCCUGUAAGGUGGCGGAAGAGAAACUGAAAUUUCAUAUGCCCGCAAAUCUUAAUCAGCAGAACCGGCUCCAGCUCAAUGCUGUGAAGUAUGCUUCUUACGAGAAGUCGGAGAUCCCUCAGUUGUACGAGAUGUUAGUCAAUACAGAGACGAACGAUAAGCGCAGAAUUCUUCAUGAAGAGGAGUAUUUGAAGUAUAAGUUCAGUAAAUUGCUUAUUGCUCCAGCGGAACACAAGAAAGAGAUUUACGAUGAUGUUUAUGAAACUGUUUCCGGAAUGGUUCUUGUUCAUACGGGAUCUCAGUUUGCCUAUGAUAUCUUUCUGGAUUGGACAGAUCCAACUACCCUUGCAGAUUUGGACAUUAUUGUUGUUACCGACUAUAUCAAAAUGUUUGGUAUUCGUGGUCUUGGCGCCAUUUUAUAUGCUUACAUUUUGUCCGAGGUGUCGCCUUACGAAAGAAAAGUGCUCAAUGCCUAUCUUAAAGAGGACAAAAGUGUAAAAAAAAGGCGUAGACGAAUCACAGAGGAGCAGAAACAGCUUUCAGUGGACCAUGCUGCCUCUGAUAGUUCGGAAGCUGAGUCUAAUGAACCUUCACAGAUACAUAAAGACGCACAGGCGGAUUCGAAUUUACAGGAGAAAUCUGUAGACAGUUCAGAUUCACAUUCUGAAUCCGCUAAAGAGACUAAAGAUAGGCUUCCUCAUUUUACCAAUACAGAAGCUCUUGAUUUUAUGCUCAGCGGUAUUCGGGCAGCUAAGUCGUCAAUUCUUGGCCAUAGAAUCCUUAUCAACUUUUUUAUUCACUUGAAGGAGUAUCAAUAUGCGCUUGACUAUUCCCAAGCAUAUGUCAACUUGACACUACAGCAUUACAAAAAGCUCGGUAUUAUGCUUUCGAAUGCUCGUGUUGAUUCGAUAUUAAGUUUGGCUAUUAUCUACACCUAUCACGAGUCCCCAAAGAACUUCCCCAAGGCCAUGGAAUUGUACUCUUCGGUGCUUAAGGCUGAUCCUACCAAUAUUAUGGCAAAGAUAGGUAAAGGUUUGAUUUUUAUGGAGAACAGAAAUUAUGCUAAGGCUUCUUCUUUGUUGAAAGAUGUUGUGCAGGAGCAUCCUGACGAUUAUAAGGCUUCACAAGAGUAUGGUUGGUGUCUUGUUCAGUUGGAUCAUUAUGAUGAGGGAAGAAAGUUGAUUCUUGAGUCACUUAAGAAGAUAUCGGGCACCGAUGCUAGUUCUCUAGAGAGUAAAUCAAUUACCUUGUGGAGGGUUGGCCAAUCUUAUUUAUUAGAAGCUGAGAAGAAAAAGGAUGUUACUACUGAACUUAUUAAGACGGCUUUCGAUUACUUUGUGGACUCUUUAAAGCAAUCGACUAGUUAUCCCCCCUGUUAUACUUCUCUCGGUGUCAUAUUCCUGAAUUAUUUUGAUAAAAAGAACAAGGCUUUAGAAUGCUUCUACAAGGCUUUUGACUUGGAUCCCUCAGAGAUUAUUUCUUCGCACGAACUAGUGAAACAUUUCAGCGCACUUGGAGACUGGGAAAUGGUUGGUGUGCUUGCUGGAAGAGUGAUUGAAAGCGAGAGAGCACACAAAUUGUUGAUGGCAAAAGACACCGAAGAUCCGUCUUGGCCUUAUAGAAUGCUUGGUUGCGCUGCAAUGGAAAGACAAGAUGAUGCCAAGGCCAUUGAAUAUUAUCAGACUGGUUUACGUAUUACCCCAACGGAUUCUGAGUCAUGGAUUGGCUUGGGUGAGGCCUAUUUGGGAAGAGGUAGACUUGAGGCAUCUCAGAAGGUGUUUUCGCAUGUCUUGGAACUUGCACCGGAGAAUUGGUAUGCCGUAUACUUGCUUGCCGUCUCUCAGACCUCGAUGGGAGAAUAUGAUAAGAGUAUUGCCAAUCUAAGCAAGCUCAGUGAAGGCAAGCAAAAGGAUGAGAUAUGUGUCAUUACAUCCUUAUACGAAACUCUUAUUGCAAAAGCUUUCUAUGAGGUAGACAAUGGCUUCAUCGGGAAGUCUCUUGAUACCAUUAUUGAUGCCUUAGAGGUAUUAAAGAGAGCUGUGGAACUUGACUUCAAGUCGCAGAAGCUAUGGAAGAGUCUCUGCGAUGUACUGAGACUUAGUAUUACGGUUCAAUCGCAUGCUUCCAAGAUUCCAUUGGAUCUUGUUGAAGGCAUAAUCAAAAGUGUUGAUCGCACUCAAUUCGAAAGUCCUGAUUUGGUGACAGAGGUGGUUGGAAUGGAUGAAUCUGCCGAUAUUGAUGUGAAGAAACUUGAGAAGGAGGGUAAGUUUGUUACUGUUUGUCAUUAUUUUGCAGUGGAGGCUGCUAAGUUAUCCUUGAUAAUUCUUCCUGCUAAGUCGGUCAAGACUCUCCGUGCCGGUUUAGUCUACAAUCUUGGUAUUACCUAUUGUUCUUGGUAUGAAUAUUCGGGGCAAGAAAAAUUGAGAGACUGUGCCAUCGUUGUGUUUAGGAAAGCCAUUCAGCUUGAGAGCAAUAACUCUGAAUUCUGGUGUUCGCUCGGUAUUUCAUCAUUAACAAGAAGUGCCAAGGUAUCCCAGCAUUGUUUUAUCAAGGCGUCAUCAUUGAAUCCUAAAGAUACUAGCGUUUGGAUUGACUUGGGCGUUCUCUACAUGUACCAUGGAGACUUCAAGUUGGCAAACGAAUGCUUUGUUAGAGCUCAAUCACUAGGACCGUCUGGCCCCGGCCCAUGGGCAGGAGAAGCCCUAGUCGCAGAUGCGCUUGGAGAUGCUGUUACUGCCAAACGUCUCUAUACACACUCGUAUGUUUUAGCCAAUGGUUCUAAUCCACUGAAUUCUCUUCUUUACGGCCUCUCUGUUGCGAAACGACUUGUUGGCUUUGCCUCAAAAGAGAGUAACUUGGAUAAUGUUCAAGAAUUCAAUUCUGCUCACUUUGGUUUGAUUUCCUACUUGAAGUUCUACCCUGAGGACACGCUUGCUUUACAAACUACUAUCUCUAUUAUUGAGAGAAUUCAUACUUUCGAAGAAGGUCUCGAGCUUUCUUCACGGUUGUGUAGUGUUUUGGAAGAGAAGUAUGAGGAUACCCCGGACACCAAUAUCUUAAUUUCCUUUGCUGUGGCAAAGGGCCAACAGGCCAGACUACAUCUUGGAAAUAAACAAUAUGUGGACGCUCUUAAAGCUGCGGAUAAAGCUACUAACUUACUUGAGGAAGCCGCAUUGAAUGAAGAAGCACAGAAAUGUCUCUUAUCUUCGUUGGCAGUGACAGGUCUUUCUCUCUACUUUACAGGUGAGUUCGAUAAAUCACUUACAGAAUUCAACAAGAUCCUGGAAGUAUUCCCAGAUUCCAAAAGAGUGGUUGUGUUGGUGUCACAAGUGCUUUAUGCAUUUAAUGAGGAAGAAAUGAGGCAGGCCGCUGUGGAGGAGUUGUUUAAAAGCAUUGAAAAAUACGGAAGCUCAUUACUUGUUGCUCUUACCAUCGCUUCCAUUUCUGUUGUAGAUCGAUUGGAGGAGUACUUACCUGCGGUCAAGGAAGAGUUGCUUAUGAUACCUAUGGAAAUGAAAGUGAAGGAUGUUUCUAGUGAGAUUCCAUUUUUCAUUGAUCAGAUCAACAAACGGGUCGGUGACCAUAGUAAUGAAAAAGUCUGGCAGAGGAAUGCAUUUCUUUUUCCCGAUGAGUCAGAGGUAUGGAAUAAUUUGGAUACCACUGUGGCUCUCAAUGUGUCGUCUAAUUCUAAGAAGGUAGACGCAAGUAUGUUAGGUGAAGCAUAUAUUAAAACGGGUGGGCUUCGUGAGAUUCAACGUGGCUUAUUCCUUGAUUCGGGAAAUUUGGAUGGAUAUAAAGCUCUUCUAAAGGUAUCUAUUUAA